AUGAUAUUAUGCAGCAUUGUGGGACCCUUGCUCUGGCUGGGUUCUGGAGCGAGGUGGGGAGGAGUGGAAUGACUGGAGUGAUGGGAAGAGACAGCUUGUGGGGAAUGGUGGUUACUCAUCUUUUAUCUUAGGGUAUAAAAGAAGAGAAACUGAGCUCUGUGCAUCAGGGAAGCUGGCUGUGUCCUGGCAUAGUAGGACAGGGGUAGGCUUGAACAGCUAAUGCUGUGAGUAUAGGUUUGUAUAUGCAGGGCCUGUAGCUGGCCUUUGCAUUCACACUGUCAAAAGUACAAGUUAGAACACUAGAAAAUGUGGCUUGAGGCUCUGGCCUCUUGCUAGCAAAGGAAGUUCUAGGCAAGGUGGUUGGAGCAUGCUGGCUAAAAGCCAGCAAGUCCUGGGUUUUGAUCUUCAUCCUACCACAGACUCAACUGGCUGGCCUUGGGCAUGUUACUUAAGCUCACUGUACCUCAGUUUCUACCAGAUGAUGAAAUAAAGACAUUUGCUCUUUCCUGUCAAGGAAUGGGUGGUGGCCAAGUAAAUUACAGGACAAAUAACUGCUGUCUGCCAGAUCAUUCUUGAGCUGAGGUGGGUAAGAUGGAUCUCUGUUUCUCCAUCAUUGCCAAGGCCUAAGCAUUUGUUUGACAGUGAAAGGGUUGAAGAUGCUGUGCAUCAGCACUUCUCAUGGGCAGCCUACAGCCAGGCACCAGUGGAGCUGGGCGGCAGAGGUGGGGGUUUGGCUGCAGAGGGGAAACUGCACAUGUACAGCUUUUGUUUGGCAGCAGAGGGAAUUUGAGGGGCCUGAAGUUAUGCCCUUACUCAUACUCAGGUUUGUGGCUGGAAACAUGCUUGGAAUUUGGGCUGGAAUUAGGAAAACAAGUUUCGAUUUCUGUAGAUCUGUGAGAGCAAGGCUGCUGAGAGGGCCCUGUGUGUUUUUGGCUGCAGUAGCUGUCAGGAGUGCAAGACAGAGCUGAGUGCUGCAGCCCUAACACUGCCUCAUUGCUGGUGCUGCUGGCUUGCAUGUCUGUGUGUAUGUGUGCUGCCUCUGUGCACAGGUACGCAACAGGCAUCUGUGCAUGCUGCUCUCAGUGCAAGGGGAAACUGGGCUGGAGCUGACACCUUGCACACUCGGUGAGUGCACUGGGAAGAGCUGUCUCUGCCUGGGACUCGCAGCCCCACUGGCUGGGCAGCUUGGCAGAGCCAGCCAAGCUGUCCUUGCUGGCCAGAGUGAGGUUCUCAAGGAGUGGGGCUUGUGGCACCUGCAUUGCCUUGUGCUCUCUGAUUCCUGCUUCUGGUUGUUGGGUUCCACUGUGGGCAGAGUAUAGAUUUAAUUUGUCUGAUAGCACAUUAAUGACUUUGGAGUUGUUCUUAGAGAAAUUUGAUAUGUCUGGUAUUUUAUCCUGUGAUGCCAGUAACAUGCCUUGUGUCCACACACUUCUGCUUCUUAGAGUGCCCAGGUAUUACUGCUGUUAUUGAGCUCAGGUUUAUGUCAUGUAUGCAAUUAAGCUAUCUUCCUUGGUCCAGAGUUGGGAUUUCUUGAGUAUGGAAACCAAGCACUACAACAGCUCUAAUUGUGCAGAUAGAGUUUCCAUGGUCUUUAGCUGGGUACUUUUCUGCACUUCACUGCAUAAGGGCUGUGUUCUUCAGAAGCUGGUACUAUCAUAUACCAAACUCUACGUAUCACAAAAUUCAGUGGUGCACUGUUUUCACAGUGAAUAUUGCUUUUUUUAUCUGCAAUACAAAUGAUUGUAUCUCCAGUCCUGGUUUUGGAGGAGGCUGUCUGACAAACACGCUGCCAGGGGGCAGGAGGUUAUAGCAUCAGGUAUGCCACGGAGUGGAGUUCUGGGACCUGUUCAUCUCCUUUACAUGCAGUACGUUGCUACAGAGCAACUGUUCAUCAGGAGCCAUCGAGAGCAGCAAGUAGGACCACAAGAAAAUAAGGGGACCAAGAGAUACCAGAAACUUGUCAAUGGUGAUGUCUUCACCUUGGGAUGGAAAAUCUUAUCUAUCUUAUGAUGAACACCACGAAAUCGUUGGGACUUCUCUGUCUACCUAGCCUGCUGUGUGUCUGGAGGGCCCAGAAAUGCCGUGCAGUGCCCUGAAGAGGAUAAUCGGAGAAAACACCGGCUCCAAGAACGGGGUGAGCCAGCAGAAUGAGGAGUCAGGCUGAGACAUAGCAGACACGUUACUGGGACUUCUUCACAGGGCCUGCAGUGGUUGGGAGGAGAGGAAUGAAAGGGACAGCAGUAACCACUACAGCAGUGUGGACAACCCAGAAUAGCCAUGGGGCAGGUGGAAUAGAUCCACAGUGGUGGAAAGACUUGCAAAUUUCAGGUCCAGGAACACAGAGAAGACCUACAUGAACAGGGACUUUAAAUUUAUGUACAAGGAGGGAAUAAACUGACUCAUCUGUGAGAGACCGUUCUGUUUAGGAAGGAAGGCAGGAGAAUGAUGUAGUCCCUUUGCAUUUUGUUUUGUGGAUUUUGGGGUGGGAGUUGUUUGUUUAUGUGUUUAUUUUCCAGAACACCUGAGAGUUAUCCUGCAUUUAUACAGUUCAAGAAGGGAAGGGCUCAGGGCUGGUACCCUAGCAGUGAUGCCUGCCCAUGUUACACAGUACCACAGGGCUGUCCCCUAUUUCCACCACUGCUGACUUGGCAUCCCUCUCAUUCCCAGCAGUAUGGAGAGGAGAAUGGAAUACAAAGCAGAGGCAUUUGUGUCAUCUCUCUUGUCUUACAUCUCUAGCUGUUUGUAAACAACUACAGUGACUUGUUUUGGUGUUGUGGUCAGUCUGCAGCCCUGUUUGUAUUUAAUAAAGAAACUUAUGGAGAAGAGUCUGUGAAUUCACUGUUGAGCAUAACAUCCUUUACUUAUGGCAGUGAUCCUAAAGCUGUUGCCUGUCCAACUCCUCUUCCAAGUGAAUGGAAGCGUAUCCAAAGUGGGGUGGAGGUGGGGGUGUGUCUGUUUAUGAGCAUGUGUGUGCAGAAACAUCAGAAGUUUAACCCUGGACCUAUCCAACAUUAAAGUUGUAAAGUUUAAUCAAAGGAGGACUUAGUCUGUCAGUAGAUGAACAGGAUACUCUUUCCUAAGUUCUUUUGUACGCUAUUACUAUAAUACAUAAGAAAUUUUGUACAAGGGGAAGACAGUAUUUUUCCAUGUUUGCCUUUCCCAGUCCCAUGAUGUUUUUAGACAGAGGCUGGGGAGGAUGCACACAGGACGUGGCCUGCUAACAGCACGGGUUUGGUUAACAGCUUGCAUUGCUGGCUGUAAGCUGGUUGUUGUCUGCACUGUGCCGAGUCAAUACUCGCUGGGCUCGGGGGGUGUUGCACAGAGGCUGGAGGCACACACAGUUGCUCAGUAACUGACCGAUACCAGUGUUCCUUAUGUGAGGAGUUCCUUCUUCUGUCACCUCAGAUAAAGAUCCCAGCUCUUAAAUCCUGCAGACUGUCUGCGUGGUUUGUAUAGCUGAGCAGGAGCCUGCCCUGCCUUAGGACUCCAGGCUGCUGCUCAGUGGGAGUGUAAUCUGUCUGAAAGGGAAUAGGGGGAAAAAAACAAACAAGUAAUUGCUUCCACGAGCAGCCUGUGGCAUUUGGGAGUUCUGUUUUGGAACUCUGUCAAAGGCAGCAGCACAUCUCCCAUUGUGGUUUUAUAUCUGUUCUGUGUUCUGCAGGUUUCCUCAUUUCAUCAUGCUUUCUCUUUCUCUUGCAAUGCUUUUUUGGUCUAUGGACUUUUAUCCUGGUGGUUUGUGGGUUUCUGCUUCUUGGAGAGGCACGGGGUUUCUGUGGUGUCUGCUGCUUGUACAGUCUGUAUCUCAGUCCCAUCCAUGUGGGGCUAUGGUCCCGAUAUAAAAACAGCACUCCAGGUCAUGAAAACCAUUCAGUGCUGGAAUGGCUUCUGAAGGGCUAUCACAGCAGUCAUGAUGGUCCCUGCUGCUUUCAAUGACAAAUAGACUUGGCCCUCCUCAGCACCUCUCCUCAGGCACAUGGAUUGUGCUCUCAAAUCUCUACAGCACUCUUUCUCACAUUUCUGAAAGAGAAUGAUAAAAGCCUUCAAAUUAUUUCGGAAACCUACAUGGGGACAUGGGGAACUAAAAUUCUUCUCCCACGGUCUCAGUGAAACUUCUGAAGGUCUUUGAAAUCUUCCAUAAAUCACAGCUUUUUAAAGCCCUGCCAAAAUUGCAAGGUGAGCCCCAAGGAAGGCAGUGUGAGUGGGAACAUGGAGCAGCACUGGCUGGAACAGUUCAGCACGUGGGAAUGUACCUGUCCUUGUAACAGGACUGCUGCUCUUUCUCGGGAGUUCAGUUUCCUGGUUAUAGUGGUGCCAGCUGUGGCCCUGUACUAAAAGGUAACUUUGUCUUCUGAAAGCUAUGUUUUGAUUUUAUGUGAAAAAUGCACUGCGUUUUCCUUGGCAUUUUCACAUUUGUGCUUUGAAUGGUUCUUGAGCACUUUCAAAUCAGUUGAUAAAUGCAACCCAAAAGCCAGCCUGCUGGGAACUUCAGCACCUUUCCCAAGCCUCCCAGCUCAUCCACUGGAAAAGGUAAAUCACGACUACACCUGGAACAAUGUAAUUUGUUUGCUUUAAUAUGAAAAUUAAUGGUUGCCUUUUACUGUUAUUCUCUGGAACCAAAACUUCUUUGAGCAGGGAUUGCUGUAAGAACUUUUCAUUCAGAGUACAAAUAAAUACUUUAUUUCAAGGUAUUUGCCACGUCCUAUUGAGCUGAGGUACCAGUGGUCACUGUUUUCAACUAAACAAAUUGUUUUGUCCUAAGCAUGCAUCUCAGCCCUCUGGGGUCAUUCCCUUGAGCACAUGAAGAACCAAUGAGAUUUAUUUUAGUGAGAGCCAUUCCUGGGCAAGGCAGGGUAGCUUUCUAUUCAUCAUAUACACAGGAGAACACCAGUUUCAAGCAUAGACACCUUCUGUAAGGGCAGCUUGUCCUCAUCCCUCCUGAGACAGAAGAAAGUGACACUGUGAAGGGCAGGUGAGGUACCAGCACUUAGGGAGGUGCUGUUUUUGUGCAAAAUGCCUGCUAUAGCUAGGAAUAAGAGUUAAUAAUUUAUAAGAGCUGUACAGUAUUAUCCCUGAUCUGGGAUACUGUCACAGUCCCCAGGGGCUGCCCCCCAUCCUGAGCUGUGCUGUAGGAUAUUGGUGGAUAGCUUGGCAGCAGCAAGAGCCACCUGGCUAUUUAUGGCAGAUAUAUGGGGUCAGAGGCAUUUUGUGGCUGGAGUGGCAUACACAUAGUAUGCGGAGGGCAGCCCAGUGCUGCACAUUGCCACUAGUGAGACUCUUCUACAUCCAGGCACUGGACUCACAUCAGCAGGUGCCAGAGGCUGGUGUGGCAGGGUAGGCAAGCAGAGAAGUGACCUAAGUGCUUUCCAAGAGGUGACUCCAGAGGUUCUGCACGGUGCAGGGGAGCAAGUCUUUGCAGGGCUGGAGGAGCAAGCCCGCCAAGCCAUGAUGAAAAAUAACUUUCGUGGAACUCUUGGGGACCAGAGGCCAACAAUUCGUCCACUCCAAGACCCUGACUCCAGCAGCAGUGGCAGCGAUGAUGAGGAAACCACUCAGGAUGAAGUUUCUUCCCAUACGUCUGAGGAAGAUGGCUCAAUGGUGAAAGUGAAGAAGGAAUUAGAAAACGCAGAACGACCUGUGGCUGGAACCCCAUUGAUAAGAGAAAAUGAGGUGCCUGAGAGUGUGAACGCUGAGCCCAUGCUGGGACUGUCACAGUGCCCCCUCUGCCAGCUCGAGUGUGGAAGCAGAGAUCAACUCAUUGCACACGUCUACCAGCACACUGGAGCGGUGGUGAGUGCCAAGAGCUACCUGUGUCCUGUGUGUGGCAGAGCCCUCAGCUCCCCAGGAUCCCUUGGGAGACAUCUCCUGAUCCACUCAGAGGACCAGCUGUCCAACUGUGCAGUUUGUGGAGCACGCUUCACCAGCCACGCCACCUUCAACAGUGAGAAGCUGCCAGAGGUGCUCAGUGCGAACCGGCUGCCGGCACCGCAGAGCCAGGGCCCCUCCAGCGCUCAGGGGAAGGAUGUUGCCUUCUGCACCCCCGUGUAUCCCGCGGGCAUCCUGCUGGUGUGCAACAACUGCGCCGCGUACCGCAAGCUGCUCGAGGCACAGAGCCCCGGCAUGCGCAAGUGGGCCCUGCGGCGCCAGAACGAGCCCCUGGAGGUGCGGCUGCAGCGCCUGGAGCGGGAGCGCACGGCCAAGAAGAGCCGGCGGGACAAUGAGACGCCCGAGGAGCGCGAGGUGAGGCGCAUGCGGGACCGGGAGGCCAAGCGGCUGCAGCGCAUGCAGGAGACGGACGAGCAGCGGGCGCGGCGGCUGCAGAGGGACCGGGAGGCCAUGCGGCUGAAACGCGCCAACGAGACCCCCGAGAAGCGACAGGCCCGGCUCAUCCGCGAGCGCGAAGCCAAGAGGCUCAAGCGGCGCCUGGAGAAAAUGGAUAUGAUGCUCCGGGCACAGUUCGGCCAGGACCCCUCUGCCAUGGCCGCUCUGGCAGCUGAGAUGAACUUCUUUCAGCUGCCAGUGAGCAAUGUGGAGCUGGAGAGCCAGCUGCUGGGCAAAGUGACCUUUGAGGAGCAGAGCAACAGUGCGUUGCACUAAAGCACAGCCAAGAACUGUGCUGCCUUUGCCGCACCUGCCACGUGUGCAGCAGCAACAGCAGCAGCGUCUGCGCCCAGGAGGCUGCUGUGGGGCCCUGCCUGACCCUCCCUGACAGAUGGUUCCGGUUUUCCUCUGAACCCAGGAGGAGAACAGAGCUGAGAGAUGCCUGCCAAAGCAGCUCUGGUGGGAGCAGAUUCUGAGGAUACAGUCUGCUCUGGGGGCCAAGUCACAGCCUGUGACAGAAUGAAAAUAAAUUAAUGUAUUAAUUAACAUUAAUUAAUGUUCACAUGUAUUAGUCCCCUUCUUUACCCUUUGUGCUUUGUCAUGGUUUUGGGCCCUUGCCCCAUAAAUGGGUCUGGGCUACUGCAAUUCUGCAGUAUUCCCCCUCAAUAAAAAAGGGUCUUGUUUACUGCAGCAUGAAUUACAGAGCUGAAGACAGAUAAUCCACAAACUCUUCCAGGACUAAAUCCUUUGCAAUUUGUGCCUGUAAGAAGGAAAGAAAGGAGGAUGUCCUUCUGGAAAUGCCUGUGCACACCCUUUUAAAAAUAUCGUUAUGACAUAUUUACAUAUUUUGCAGUGUUAUCCAUGGAAAAACUAAGGAACCUGAGGUCCUGUUUUAAGACAAAAACAGUGAAAUAAAGUUUUCACUCGUAAAAACAGUGAAAGAAAGGCUGGCCAAGGUAAACAAAUAGCAAACAAGUUUGCUGCUUUACUCACAAGUUAUUUUCACUUAAACAGCAUUUCAGGCUUGCAAGUGAAAGAGUUGAUGGAAUGGUAAAUAAUAGCGCAGGUCAGUUUC